AAGGCAUUCGGUUACAAGCGCCGCGAAAAAUGCAAGUCAUCGUAUAUCACAUGAGGUAACAAGAUAUAAUCCUAAUCUCACCAUGGCUGGGCGCGACCUUGUCUAGGCCCCCAAACAUCUACUAGAUAGCGUUUGGAUUUUCAGUAGCACAGGAAGAAGUCGGUUUGAUUCGGAGAAGAGGUUAUGGUCAAAUCCUGGACCUUGAUUAGCACAAUAACAUCGUUUGCAGGCCUGUCACUCAAUACCGCAGGUAACGCUUAGGUGAUCCAAGGUCAAGUAGCAACUAAAAUCGGAAAAAUAAUCCAACAUGGGAUCAGGACCAUCUUUGCUCCACCGUGAGGACAUCCAUGUAGUGAUUGUGGGGGGAGGCUAUGCCGGCAUUCAGCUCGCCAAAAGCCUGAAGAACAAGGCUAGGUUCACCUUGAUUGACCCCAAGGAGAUGUUGUACCACAAUGUUGGGGCUGUCAGGUCCUGUACUGAACCAGGUUUUGCCAAGAGGAUCCUGAUGCCUUAUGCCCCGGUCUUUGGGCAAAACUUUAAGCAAGGCGCUGUUACUGCGAUCAAUGCUGCUGAGAAGACAGUACUGCUCUCUAGCGGUGAGACGGUGAAGUACAGCCAUCUCGUGCUCGCGACCGGCUCCACUGGGUCCUUCCCUGGAAAGUUACCAGAUGAAAUGAUCACAGCUGCAGAAGUGACGCAGAAGAGUGAGGCAGUUCUCAAGCUGGUGCAAGGAGCAAAGAAAAUUGUGAUCAUAGGAGGAGGGGCCGUGGGUACAGAGGUAGCAGGGGAGAUAGCCACUGACUACAAGGACAAAGAGGUGACGCUGAUCCAUCCGCGUGACAAACUGGUCAAUGGUGAAUCCAGUGAUGCCUUUCAGAAGAGACUAAAAGAAAUCCUGCAAGGGUUGGGUGUCAAGCUCGUGUUGGGUGAAAGAGUAACCAACCUAGAUGAGCUGCCAACAGACAGAGUGGAGACAGCUACAGUCAUGACUGACAAGGGGACAGAGAUCUCAGCAGACCUGGUCAUCCCGUGUACAGGGCUCAAGGUCAACAGUACGGCCUACAAGGACAGUCUGGCCUCUAGUAUGGAAGACAAUGGCUGCCUAAAGGUCAACAACUUGUUCGAAGUGCAGGGAACAGAGCGAAUUUAUGCCAUUGGGGAUUGCACCAACAUCCCUGAGACUAAGAUGGCCUACAGAGCAGGCAUGCAUGCGGAACUGUUGGCUAAGAACAUCCUUGCUCAGGAAACUGGAGGGACCAUGAAGGAAUACAAGCCAGACCCUUUCAUCAUGGUGGUGUCUGUUGGCCGUAAGGCUGGGAUAGGACAGAAGGGUUCGUCUCUUCUUCCCGAGUUCAUGGUUAGGAUGCUGAAGAGCAGGGACAUGAUGACUGGACGGUACUGGAAGGAGAUGGGACAGAAACCUCCCAUCUAGACUAAGUUUGUUCUCAUGAAGCUGCUGUCACUCCAAUUAAAGUGGAUUCAUGCGUGUGCAUAUAUUCAAGUUUGUAUGAUGUCCGUAUGGAAGUCUUAGCCUCUACCAGGCUCCACAGGAAGCUGGAAAUAUAAUUAUAGAAAUUCAACAUCAUAUACCUCACAUUGAAUGUAUCGCAUGUGUGGGCCUGGCUGUACAUUUGGCAAACGCUGAGUGCAAACUCGCUGCCAUCUAAACUGUAUUUGUGUAACGUUUGACUUCAUAAUUGAAAUACCAUGUACAAAAUGUAAACAAACGAAUGAAAGACAACAAAAUAUACAAAGUGUAACUUAGUAAGAGAGGCUUUUUGUCAACAUGUGAAUUUAUUGAUUGCUCUGUCAAGCGCCGAGGUCACACAAUCGACAAUCUUUAGUUUUGCUAGAUGGUAGCUCAAAAAUUGCCCCAGAGACUAGAGCUUAAUUGCUAUUUUCCCCUGAAAUCUACGCCAAUGACAUUGGGGACUUUCGAACUUUCAAAUCUCUUAAAUCGUGCU